GCCGCUAUCGUCAUCUCUACGACUCCGUCGCCUAAACCCUAACUCUCCUCUCAAAACCCUAGCCAUAAUUUCAACAUAUCUGACUCCGUCGCCAAAUCGCUCGUCGCCGGCCCGCGCCAUCAACUCCACCUCCAUCUCCGCAAAUUUGCUGCCUCCUCCUCCUCUUCAGACUUCCACGGCCGCUGCGUCCUCCGCCUCCUUCAGCUGACAAUUUAAGGAUAUAAUGAUAUAUAUCAGAGACAGAGAAGGAACUAAGACUGACAUUUAAAAGUUUCGUGGUGGUUUGGCGUGCUUGCCUUUUAAAAUUUGUUACGGUGAUGGCAACAUUUGAGCUGUACCGGAGAUCUACAAUUGGCAUGUGCUUGACAGAAACUCUGGAUGAGAUGGUCUCUAAUGGCACCCUCAGUCCGGAACUUGCUAUUCAAGUCCUUGUACAGUUUGACAAGUCUAUGACCGAGGCUUUGGAAAAUCAAGUGAAGAGUAAGGUUACUAUUAAGGGGCACCUUCACACCUACAGGUUCUGUGACAACGUGUGGACCUUCAUCUUACAAGAUGCCACAUUCAAGAAUGAGGAAUGCCAAGAAACCGUUGGAAGAGUGAAGAUUGUAGCUUGUGAUUCCAAGCUGCUCAGUCAGUGAGCAGUCUUUUUUUCAACCCUCUUCUACUUUUCUCUCUGUAACACCCAUAAAUCAUGAAUUAUUUGUGAUUCCAAGCUACUUUUCAACCCUCAGUCUAGCUUGAAAAGAAAAUUAAAAAGCUCGAUAUUUCCUUACGUUCAUGCUUUAUAUUGAUUCCACGCCAUAUGAGUUUGAUCCCAAAUAUUUCCUACAAAUUUCCGAGAUAUACAUCUUUACUGAA